AUGUGGCAACCCUGGGCUUUUUUGGUUGCUGCGCUUCUAAUCACACCAUCUGGUGCGGAUAGAUAUACUCCACCGUUGGGAAGAGCUCGUAACGGAUCGUACCAUGGCAUUUACAACCAACAUUACGGCGUGGAAACCUUUCUUGGGAUCCCGUUUGCCCAGCCUCCGGUGGCCGGCUUGCGCCUGCGACAGCCUCAAAGCCUCAAUUCUUCUUGGCAUGGCGUGCGCAAUGCAACCGCGUAUGGAGACUCAUGUGUUGGGUAUGGCGACGACACGGAGCUUGUCUCAGAUGGUCAUGUUAGUGAGGAUUGCCUGACACUCAACAUCAUCCGCCCUGCUGGAACUGUUGCCUGCUCUAACCUGCCGGUGCUUGUAUGGAUCUACGGAGGCGGGUUCAUCGCUGGUACAAGCCGUGACCAGCGUUAUAACAUGACCUUUAUUGUUGAACAUUCUCUUCGUAUGGGGAGGCCUAUCAUGGCGGUCAGUAUCAACUACCGCCUAGCAGGGUAUGGCUUUCUCUACUCAGACGAGAUUGUCAAAGCCGGGCUUGCCAACCUGGGCUUGAGAGAUCAAAGGAUGGCUCUCCACUGGAUUCAGGAGAAUAUUGCGGGCUUUGGGGGCGACCCUGACAAAGUCACCAUCUGGGGAGAGAGCGCUGGCGCAAUGUCAGUGGGCUACCAACUGCGUGCCUUCAAUGGCAGAGAUGACAAACUGUUCCAUCGUGCCAUGGCAGACUCUGGUGCUAUCGUGGGGUUAUUCGCAAGAACUACCCCAGAAGGAAUCACCAAUGUCUACAAGAACGUCACAAGAACAGUCGGCUGCGAUGCAUCGACCGAUCAGUUGCAGUGCCUUCGAGCUGUUCCGGCAGACAAGUUCAAAGAUGCCAUAGGAGCUUCUUUAAGUGUAGCUUCUGCCUACCGACCACUAGUUGACGGCGAUAUUGUCGCAGCAUCCGGAAUCAAGCAGAUGAAAGAGGGUGCUUUUGUCAAAGUGCCAUUAAUCGCUGGAGACAACACAGACGAGGGAACCGGUUUUUCCCCCUUUGGCAUCAACACCGAAGCCGAACUGAGAUCAUACCUUGGCACGUAUGAGUUCUCGGAGCAGGAUAUUUCAGCUCUCCUAGCCUUGUACCCUGCUGACUCUACGGACCUGGUCCUUCACAACCUGGAGCCCUGGAAUGCAACCAUUGGAGCACAGUGGUCCCGUGUGUCGUCCAUCAUUGGUGACUUGAUGUUUAUCGCGCCCACGUACUUCUCCACCCGAGCCUGGGUCAAGGCCUCGGAUGCACCACUCUACCAUUAUCGAUACGAUGUAACACCAAAUGGGGUCCCCAAUGUCUGGUCUGCUACUCAUUUCAUGGAGGUCCCGUUCUUCUUCCACAAUACAGAGGGGACAGGCUUCCCUGGCAAGUCGCCACCUUGGCUUGGGCCGAAUCCCUUGGACAACCUGCCCCAAGCCGCCUCAACAUUGACCGACACCAUGUGCGCAAUGCUGGUAUCAUUUGUUCACACUGGCAACCCGAACACCAUUUCAGGCACCUCGGUCAAAUGGCCGCGCUUUACAGCCCAUGAGAAGAAGAGGAUUCUAUUUGCUAGCAACUUCACGACCCAUGUCGAAACUGAUACAACCAGGACCCGUCAACAUGAGUUUAUCGUGAGCAAGUUUGAGGGACCGAGUUACCCUUGGAAUCAAAUGCGUCUGGUAUAG